AUGACAUCUCCCAAAGAUUACAACUGGCACCAGUCCCAGCCUGGAGUCUGGCAACGUCCCCUCGACGAACUCGAGCAAUUCUACACAUCAAUGGUGGUUCUCUACGAGGGUAGCGGCCGCAUGUUCUUUGGAAUCACAGGCCAUAUCUCUCUGUCCAUCAAGACUAUCACCCAUGCUGGAUACGAAGUUGACCAAGCGUUGCGCAAAGCAUGGCUUGCCUUGCGAUAUAAUCACCCUACACUAGCCUCCCAAACUACCCAAGGCUCAAAUGGAGAAUGGAUCAAGACAUACAAAACUCUUGACACAGAAGACGAGAAGAAUGCUUGGGUUGACAAGACUCUUAUUGAUAUCGCCACCACUCAGACAGGAAAUGAGUUUGCAAACUCAUGGCAACCAACACCUAAAAUACCAACCAUGUACGUUGUUCAUCUUCCUACCGAAAUAGGUUUUAUUCGGAGAGAUCUUGUCUUUCGUUCUCCGCAUGAUAUCAUCGACGGCAUUGGAACACUCAUGCUUCUGAACAAUUUCAUCGCUCUUGCGGCAGAAGCUCACGAAAAGGGCGAUGCUUACGAAGUUCCUGCUCUGGACGGAAGUGAGACUUCAAACUUGAGUCCUUCAUAUCGCAUCGCUGCCAAGAUUCCCGAUAAGCUUUCAAAAGCUCAGGUGGAAAGACUAGAUGCGAUGGCCGCUCAAAAAGAAGAAGUGGCAUCCGAUCCCAACGUCGAAGUCCUCGCUCUUCCUUAUCGCAAAGGCGAGACUGUUCCAGGUCGUCAUCAACGCGUGGCUCUUACCCUUACUCAAGAAGAAACUUCACAGUUGCUAGCUGCUUGUAAGAACGUUAAAGCAACACCAACUCACGUCUUCCACGCAGCAGCAGCCAUCGUCAUGCGCGAUCUUCAAGAUAAACCUGCUGAGACGAAGAAAGUGCGGUAUAUCAACUACAUCCUCCAAAAUGAGCGAUCAAACUGCUCUGAGCCGUUUAAUUCUACGAGGCAUCCUGCUGCUGUGUAUCAUUCUGUUUCCGGACAGAGUUUAGUGGUGGAUAUGGAUCUCUGCCCGCCGUCAAAGCACGAACUUGACCGUGAAGAGUUCCUUACCGUCUUACAAACUAUCAAGGACUUUUAUCUCACCGUCAAACAAGACCGGGAGUUCUACAUCCUCGCUCCAACGAUGUUCGCCAAUCUAACACCCACUCUUCCCGCAUCGCCCCGUCCAUUGCCCAUUGCCCCACCAAAAGUCCAUCCCUCAGUAUCAAUCUCAAGCAUGGGACGCGUUGAAAGUAUCAUAGCACCUGAGACCAAGGCUUUCAGCGCAAAGAAUCCGUGGGUUACGGGUGAAGAGCUUGGAAAUGGACUGGGAUUAUUCCUAGGGACAUUUCGGGGCGAGAUGGAGUUGAGUGCGGCGUAUAAUGAUGCUUGGCAUACGGAGGAGGAUGUGACGGGGUAUUUGGAGCGUUGUAAGAGUGUUGUUUUUGGGGGGCUUGGGUUGAAGGCAUAA